GUUCUUGGACACACUUGAAGGAGGAAGAAAGGAAGAGCUUGGAGUUAGAGCACGGCAGGUAUGAGAGGCACGAAGGGUGCAAUGGAUCCAUUGACGUUCUUACAAUGGUUAUGCUGCGGGUGGACUUGCGUGAGAGAAUGUUGUGCUUGUUGUGGAUGUCUAGAUCCAAACCCAGGUGACGCUGGUGAUCGUAAUGGUUCACAAAAUAUAUGGAUAAAUAAUAUAUGCAACAACUGCUGGAGACAUUGCAAUAUGUGCUUCUACGGAGCAUGUAGGUGCUGUAAUUGCUGUGGAGAUCAAAACACAAAUCAAUCUCAUUCUAGAGUGGAGCAAAACAACGACAAAUCUCUUCAAGCUAAUAACAAUGGAGCUCAACCGAAUGAAAUCAUCCCAAUUCAAGGCAAUGGUAUAAAUCCGGAGAUAAUCGGGGAUAACAAUGAACUUGAAUUGAAUGUAGUUCAUAUGCAUUCUUCAAAAUCUGACUUAGAUCUUCCUUCCCUUGACCUCAAAAGUGGCAAUCAAAAUGAUCUAAAUUUCAAUCCAAAAAUAUUAGGGUCGGGAAAUAAAAUUAAAGUCAAUGUUGCUAGAAUGUAUCCGUGGAAAUCUUUCCCAGAAUCACGCUCACUAAGAAAUUAUGGAGCAAAUUGUUAGAGGAUUGCAAGAACAAAACUGGAAAGCAACCCAAGAAGAAUUACCUGUAUUACCUGUAUUACCUAUAUUACCUGUAUUACCUGUCCAAACAUUUGCAAGAAAAUAAAGAAACCAGGCAUUGUUCAUAUGAAUCCCCACGUGGGUUUUGCAAAGUUCAGAGCAACAAAGUGGGAGACAUUGGGUCUGUCUUAAACCACCUAAGUUGCUCAACAACCUUACCAAGCACCUUGCCUCCUAAAUAAGACAGGCCAAAGACCCCUAACCCUAGAACAAUGUAAUAUGCUAGCAUUUUGACAUACUUAUUCCGAACGUAAGCUUUCGCGACGGUGAGUAGCGCAAUGCAUAGAAGCGAGGUGACACCCACAGCGGCGAGUUUGAGAUUGCUGCUGUCGGUGUGGCGGACGGAGAAGCUGUAAACCAGAGGAGGCAGAAGCCUG